AUGAAGGGCUUCACCAAGGCCCUCCAGCGCACGCCGCACAACCUCGGCAGCCGCAUGGGCAUGUCGAAGAAGUCGUCGGACGCCGAGUUUGAUGACUGGGAGCGCAAGUUCAGCGCCGUCGAGGCCGCGUCUGAGAAGAUGCACCGCGACUCGAUCGUGUUCCGCGACGCCGUGACGUCGCUCCUCGACUCCGGCUCGAGCUUCUCGGGCUCGAUCGCGACGCUCUUCUCCCCCAUCGGCGCCGAGUACGACAUUGCCUCCAAGUUCCCCAACGCCGAGGUGACGGUCAAGAACAUUGCAUCGUACCAGGGCCUGAUGGACGAGCUGCGGGAAACGCUCGCGCCAGAGCUCGAGCUGAUCGAGUCGCGUAUCGUGCAGCCGUCGCUGGAACUGCACGAGAUCUGCAAGAAGAUCCGCAAGACGAUCGUAAAGCGUGACCACAAGCUGCAGGACUUUGACCGGCACAACAACAGCCUCAACAAGCUGCGCGCCAAGAAGGAGAAGAGCCUCAGCGACGAGAAGAACCUCUUCAAGACCGAGGAGGCGUUCGAGCUCGCGUCCGGCGAGUACGAGCACUUCAACAACCUGCUUAAGACGGAGCUCCCUGCGUUCCUCGCGAUGGGCACGCGCUUCAUCGACCCCCUCUUCCACAGCUUCUACUACAUGCAGCUCAACGUGUACUACAUCAUGCUCGAGAAGAUCCAGAGCUUCUCGGACGGCAAGUACGACCUCGAGCGCCGCGACAUCGAGGACAUCUACCUCGAGCAGCGUGGCGAUGCCGCCGAGCGGCUCGACGCGCUCCAGAUCACGAAGCGCACGCAAAGCACAGCCAAGAUGCUCCAGCAGCACCGCACCGCCAGCGGCAGCUCGACGCCGGUGCGCGCCGGCUCGAUCGCCUCCAAAGCCGGGCUGGACCGCAAGACGUCGAGCGCGUCAUCGUACUCGCGCCCCGGCGCGGGCGCGGGCGCCGCCGCGCCGCCGCCCUACUCGCCGUCGACGGCCUCGGGCGCGUCCUUCGCGGGCGGCAAGAAGGCGCCCCCGCCCCCGCCGCCCCUCAAGCCCAAGCCGGGCGCCCCGCCAAAGCAGUUCUGCACCGCCAUCUUCGACUACGAGGCCCAGGCAGAGGGCGACUUGUCGUUCAGCGCCGGAGACCGCAUCGAGAUCGUCGAGCGCACAGACUCGGCCGACGACUGGUGGACAGGCAAGGUCAAUGGCCGCCAGGGCAUCUUCCCGGGCAACUACACCCAGCUCAACUAG